AUGUUAACCAACAUCAACGAAGAGGAUAACCUUCGUCGAAUGGAGCGCGGCGAACUGUACUAUGCAUUCACUCCACAACUUGUGGCCGCCCGGAAACGGUGUGCAAGAGCUGUGAGUCGACUGAACAAUGCUGGUGAUCUCACCCGGAGGCAAAUAGCCGAGUACUGGAAAGAAAUCACAAACGACAAAAAGCCUUUACCACCCCCUGGCAAGACUGAGGAUGAGGAAGAUGCUGUCUUACACGAAUAUCCGUGGAUCGAACGACCCAUUAACAUCGACUACGGAACGAAUAUCAAAGUCGGGAGCAACGUUUUUAUCAACUUUAACUGCACCAUUACUGAUACUUGCAUGGUUUCCAUUGGGUCACGAACGCUUAUCGGUCCGAGUGUGUCGCUUUAUAGUGCCGGCCACCCUACUGAUCCUGACUUGCGGAACGGGACCAAGGGCCCUGAGUGGGGCCGACCGAUUACCAUUGGGAAUGACUGCUGGAUUGCGGGUAAUGUGAUCAUCUUGCCAGAGUAA